AGGAUUGGAUUGUCUUCAAUAUUGCCUUCUGAGUUUCCAAGAGCAGGGCUUGAAUGGGGUGGUGUGAUCCUGUUCAGAACAGAUGGAUGGUUUUGGUAGCCUGCAUGUGGAUUGAAUGUUAUGUUUUGCAGGACCAUCAUAUGGAUUCAGCAUAUAUUCUCAGGCCAUCAAGACCAGAUUUGGCUAUAACCAACAGCAGCUAGACACCAUCUCUGUUUACGGCAGCUUAGGAAUUUUUGGGGGAUUACUCUCUGGCCUGUUAAAUCAGUACCUCCCUUCUUGGAUUGUUCUGCUCAUUGGGUCUCUCCAAAAUUUGGCAGGCUACACAGUUGUAUGGCUGUUUGUAUCUGGGAGACUAGCAGUUCCUCCAUUGUGGGAGAUAGGUUUAUUUACCUGUAUUGCCAUGAGUGGCUCCUUAUACUUCAACACAGUCUCAAUGGUGACCUCUGUAAACAAUUUUCCUGAUAACAGAGGACUAGUGGCGGGGUUGAUGAAGGGAUGCUUUGGCCUAAGCAGCGCCAUUCUGUCAACAAUAUGGAAGUUAUUGUUUCCAGAUUCAGAUGGGUCUGAUUAUUUGUUAGUGGCAGCCAUAGUCCCAUCUGCACUCACCUCUCUGCUCAUGCCAAUUGUGAGGGAAUAUGAAGCAGAUAAUUCUGAAAAUGGGUAUUCAAGAACUAUGCAAAAUCUGGCUUUGGCGUCUGUACCCAUGGUGUUUUUAGCAGUGUUUUUCAUGGCUGCCCCUUUCUUGGAUGGGAACUCUUUGCAGGGUAUCUCUACGAUAUAGAGGCAACUAAGCAAGGAGGAGGGAAGUGUAAGGGUAGCACAUGUUUUAAUCUCACCUUCAUUAUUUUGGCUAGUAUUACUAUGUUUGCAACAUUAGCAUCAUUUGUUCUCUGGUGGAGAACAAGAUAUGUUUAUAGAAAAAGAUUGGUUGAUUGAAUAGGUCUUGUUAGCAUAGUGGUAACAAAAACACAAGUUUGAAUGCCUCAAUUCUAUGAUAUCUUUCUUUGUGAUCAUAGUGUUGGAGUUGAUUCUCAACUUGAAGUUCAUGACUUUCAUGAUGUAAU